CAAUACACACACACAGCACACACAGUGCAUAAACGAUUUCAAGAGCAUGCUCCAAGCAGUAGCUCAUUUAAUUUUUAAUUUUUCUGUUCAGUCUUAUUAGUUAUUUUAGGUUUCUUUCUCGUUCAUAUAAUUGAGGAAGAGUAUGGACUCAUUUUUGUGACAGUUAAUAUUGGAGUUAUAGCUCUUUUUGCUUGUUGCAUAAUUGAAAUGUCGGUUUAGGCCCACACGGUUUUCCAAACAAUCUUUGCUAAUUUCAGUUGAUAUUAAGGACUUAUAACAUUUGUAUUCGGAAUCUUAUUAUGUUCUACUCUCGCUUUUAUGGUACUUGAACUUGAUAUUGAACGUUAUUGAGUACAUGUGUUGGGUAUCAUGAGUUAGUGCAUCAGAACUUGUAUCAUACUUCAAAAUGAAUCUGUUUCUUAUUCUUGUAUUUGGACUUUGUGCCAGUUCUAAUUGCUCUGUACAUGGCAGCCUCAUGAAUAACUCACAGGCAACCUCUUCAGAGCAGCAUGCCUUUCUCAAAAAAGCAGCCAAAAAUAUUGGGAACGCCUUGGUUGAACUGGGAGAAGAUGAAUUAGUCACAUUGAAAACACAGAAAAUGUACAACUUGGCUGAGUACAAACCAAGGACUUACAAUGAAGAAACACAACUGAAGAAGAUAUCAACAAAAAUUUCUAAGAAGAUUGAAAGUGUGAUAGUUCCUCUGCAAGAAACAUCAGCAGAAAUUUAUGAUUUCAUGGCAAAUUUAACAGAGAAACCGCAUUUUGAUCAACCUUGUCUGAUGAAAGUCAAACUUUUAAUCGACCCAAGUCUGCCAGUUUAUUUGUCAGCACGUCCUCUCAAUCUCACUGAAGUUUUCAAGAAGAACUACGAUCGCAACCCUGCGAUAAGAUGUCAGUACCUGAUCCCAAGUCCUGAUUUCGCGGAAAUGACACAUGUGUAUGAAACGGCCACAUCGUACAGUGAAUGCAACCGAAAUGAUGACCCAGAUUAUGAGAAUACGUACUUGAGAAGCAUGGAGAAAAAACCUAAGAGAAUCAUUUUGAUGAUCGAUGUGGGAAGCUCCUUGAGUAUGAAUCAACUUGAUACAGCAAAACGAGUUGCGAGACACAUUAUCUCGUCUCUGACAGAUGUGGAUCGUAUUGGAUUGAUUACUGUCAACGAAAAUACUACGUCGGUUUUCAACGAUUUCUGUAAGAAAAAUUCUAUGGUCCAAGCUACAAGCGGCUCCAAACGACUCAUGUGGAGACUCCUCAAUUCCCUUGAAAUAUCAAAAGGCGCUACAAAUCACACAAUCGGAUUCCAAAUGGCGUUCAGGCUUCUGAAUGAGACAGAACAUCAGCUUGGUAAAAGUGAGGAUGCAACCAUUGUUUAUGUCAGCAAGGGUCUUCUAUCACCACUCAAUGAACUCAAAUCACUUCUUGAUGUCAUCGCCCAAGGACAGCAAAAUGUUUCUGCCAGAGUUGUCAUCAACACAUGUCGCUUAGUUGAUGAUGAAAAACCGUUACUGUUUGAUAAAAUACUGAUGGACGUUGCGAAGCAAAAUUUCACAAAACAUAACAUUUCAUUCGAUGUAUCAAAAAAGAGCAUGCCUGUUGCUGGUGUGAUGGUAUCAGUCAGCUCAGAUUCAAAUGUCGACUGGGUCGUCAGGCGCCUCAUAACAUCAAAUUAUUCAACAAAUACCGACCAAUUCACGUUUUCACUCCCGAAAUGGGAUGGAAAUGCUCUGACCAUGACUGUUUCUACUAAAGUAUUUUUGGACUCCGGACUACUGGGUGUGGUAGGCUUGGACGUAUACUUGGAAGACAUCACAGAGGACAUAGUAUACUAUCACCAAAACAGCAGAUCAUAUGUGUUUCUCAUCGAUACAAAUGGUUAUGUUAUGAUGCAUCCGUAUUUGAAACAAUCAAGAUACUUGAGUCUUAUGACACCUGAGAAGAGCACUGUGGUUAUUGACAUAAAUAGUUUUGAGAUGGAGGAAGGAUUUGAGCUUUUGAAAAAUGUCAUAUUGAAAAUCCCAAAAGGAGUGCGGCAACUUAAUUUCUCAAAGAGUCGUAAAAGGAUCCAGUAUGUUUGGCAAAAAGUUUCCAACAGUCCUUUCAUUGUUGUGGUAGUGAGCGAUUUAUCGAAAAAGCCUCUUGGUGUCUACAACUCCAAUACUACCAUCCAAGGCUCCAAACUGGUGCACAAUCUGUAUUAUUUAGUCAACUCCAAACCAUCGCAUCCGAGAAACAAAUCCAAUGAACACAACAUCUGCAGAUACAUGAAUCAGCUGACAUUUUCCAAUGCGAGCAGCCUAUUCCUAUCUGCUUGGGUGUACCAGUCACCGUUCAGAUACCUGAGGUCACCAGAAACGAACCUCAUCAAUUACUCAGCCUACCUCAACGACGUGACCAAACCGUUCGGAAAGCACGGAUUCAGAGAUGACGGAAUCCAGUAUGACAUUUUGGCCUUGAUGAAAAUACUCGAAGAAUGGGAGAAGAACAUUGUUAAGAGUAAGCUGAGUAAAUAUGUGGUGAGGAAGUACGUGGCGACUGGUAGUGGAUUGCUGGUCGUUUUCCCUGGAUCAGUGAUUGAGCAUAAUCUGGAUCCGGUUCGGAGAUCUUGGUUCUCACGCGCUGUCAAAAAUCCGGAGAAAAUCAUACUGAGUGCGCCAUAUCUGGAUGCUGGCUGGGCGGGCUAUAUUGUUACCUACAGUCAAAAACUUGUCUACCACCUGAAAGCGAGCCAUGUUACUCCGACAACUGUAGUCAUGGCCAUGGACUUGACUCUGGGAUAUUUUUACACACUCCUUCUAGACAACUUGCCGUUUUGCACAUUGAACGAUAUAAGAAACGUGGGGAGUGAAGGAGAAAUCAAAUGCUUCCUAAUGGAUGAUAAAGGCUACAUCCUGUCUCAUCCGAACCCAAUGGCAAGAUCCAAACUGAAGAAAUCUAAAAUUCCCAAUGAAGGUCUACACAUCACUCAUAAGUCGUAUCCCUUAGUCGCCAGUGACAUUCUCAAUCAUGAGGGCUUCGUUAAGAAAUUGCUGUGUACGGACUAUGCCACCAACACAAUCCAACGCUAUUACAAGUUCAACACAAGUCUGUCAGACGUAUUAAUCAACAAGAUAUCUGGUGAACAAUGUGUUCGCUACCAAAUUGUAUCCAUUCCUGGCACCAAUAUCUUCUUGGGGGUCGUUAAUACCACUUGUCAGCCAACGGCGUUUUGUCCUUGCAGCACGCUUGAUCGACAGUGCAUGAACUGUAACCGUAUGGCGCAGACUGACUGCGAAUGUCCGUGUGAAUGCUCCGUUGAUGUGGAUGUGUGUCUUAGUAAGUCUUACCAGAAAGCUGCUCCGCCAUGUCCCAAUUAUGCCGAACCAUUCCCUCCUGGCAUCAAACCUAGUUCCUACUACUCACUUUUGGCCAAAGUCGAACCAUGCACCAACUUUGACUGCAAACGUUUCACCAAUUACAAAGACUGCAUGGGAACUGUGGGUUGCGAAUGGUGCACUACUGAUCAGGAUGGAUUUACACCUUUAACUCACCCACAAUGCACCGUUCAAGCUGUCUGUUUCAAUGGCAUCAGAAACUCGCAUUUCCCGUACGGAAGCACGAUAAGCGGCGCAUAUGUCUCGUGGGUGAACAGUGAAAAGAAUUCCACAUCGAAUCAUUGCUAAUUCUUCUAGUCAUUAUUGCGAUACUGUUCUCACUGGCACUCAUGAGCUACUGCUACUUGAACAGAGCGCAAAUCAAUCACAUGGAUAAUAAUCAGCAAUUGAAUAUAUAUACCGCUGACAGGAGAUAUAUAAAAUUCUCUGAAGAGCCGUCUACAGAUCACAACAACGUGCUACUGCAAAGUGGUGUGCAAGAGGUGGUGAAUGACGUGGGCUCUAUCGCCCAAUCGCCCUACAGCAACACUAU